UCACUGGGCAGCUCGCGGCUGUACUUUCCUUUGUAGUCUGUAAUAGUUUGCAAGCCCUGCCACAUAAGACGAGCGUCGAAGCCGGUGUAGUAUGAUUCAAGCUUAGCCCUGUAUUGACGCUUUGCCUGUUUGAUGGUUUGUCGCAGGGCAUAGCACGAUUUCUUGUAAGCUUACGGGUUAGAGUCCCGCACCUUAAUGUCACGCCCUGACCGUAGUGAUCUUUUUAUGUCUCUAUUUUGGUUUGAUCAGGGUGUGAUUUGGGUGGGCAUUCUAUGUUCAUUUUCUAUGUUUUGUAUUUCUUUGUGUUUGGCUGGGUGUGGUUCUCAGAGGCAGCUGUCUAUCGUUGUCUCUGAUUGAGAACCAUACUUAGGUAGCUUUUUCCCACAUGUUUUUUUGGGGUAGUUAUUUUCUGUUUAGGGUUUUUGCACCUGACAGGACUGUUUCGGUUUCUGUUAUUCUCUUUGUUUUUUUGUUAUAGUGUUCAGUUUCUGCGCUUUGGUCCGAUUCCUGUUCUUCAGACAAUGAAAACCGUUACAGCAUAGCAGGAUUUCUUGUAAGCUUCCGGGUUAGAGUCCCGCACCUUGAAAGCGGCAGCUCUACCCUUUAGCUCAGUGCGAAUGUUGCCUGUAAUCCAUGUCUUCUGGUUGGGAUAUGUACGUACAGUUACUGUGGGGACGACGUCCUCAAUGCACUUAUUGAUAAAGCCAGUGACUGAUGUGGUGUACUCCUCAAUGCCAUCGGAAGAAUCCCGGAACAUGUUCCAGUCUGUGAUAGCAAAACAGUCCUAUAGUUUAGCAUCUGCUUCAUCUGACCACUUUUUUAUAGACCGAGUCACUGGUGCUUCCUGCUUUAAUUUUUGCUUGUAGGCAGGAAUCAGGAGGAUAGAGUUGUGGUUGGAUUUACCAAAUGGAGGGCAAGGGAGAGCUUUGUACGUGUCUCUGUGUGUGGAGUACAGGUGAUCUAGAAUUUUUUUUCCCUCUGGUUGCACAUUUAACAUGUUGAUAGAAAUUUGGUAGAACUGAUUUAAGUUUCCCUGCAUUAAAGUCUCUGGCCACUAGGAGCGCCGCCUCUGGGUGAGCGGUUUCCUGUUUGCUUAUUUCCUUAUACAGCUGACUGAGUGCGGUUUUAUUGCCAGCAUCUGUCUGUGGUGGUAAAUAAACAGCCACGAAAAGUAUAGCUGAAAACUCUAGGCAAGUAGUGUGGCCUGCAAUUUAUCACAAUAUACUCUACUUCAGGCGAGCAAAAUCUAGAGACUUCCUUAGAUUUAGUGCACCAGCUAUUGUUUAUAAAUAUGCACAGACCGCCCCCCCUCGUCUUACCGGAGUGUGCUGUUCUAUCUUGCCGGUGCAGCGUAUAUCCCGCUAGCUGAAUAUCCAUGUCGUCAUUCAGCCAUGAUUCCGUGAAACAUAGGAUAUUACAAUUUUUGAUGUCCCGUUGGUAGGAUAUUCGUGAUCGUACCUCGUAUAAUUUAUUGUCCAAUGAUUGCACGUUGGCGAGUUGUAUUGACGGUAACGGUAGCUUUCCCAGUCGCCUUCGCCGGGUCCUGACCAGGCAUCCGGCUCUUUGUCCUCUGUACCUACGUCGCUUCCUCUUGCAAAUAACGGGGAUGUCGGUCCUGUGGGGUGUUUGGAGAAUGUCUUGUGCGUUUGUUGUGGAAAAAAUCUUUGUCUAAUCAGAGGUGAGUGAUCGCUGUCCUGAUAUCCAGAAGCUCUUUUUUGCCGUAAGAUAUGGUUGCAGAAACAUUAUAAAAAUAAGUUACAAAUAACGUGAAAAAAACAUGGUAGCACAAUUGGUUGGGUGCCCGUAAAACUGCUGCCAUUUCCUCCGGCGCCAUUUUGUGUUGACGUUGAGACUGGUGUUUUGCGGGUACUUUUUAGUGAAGCUGCCAGUUGAGGACUUGUGAGACGUCUGUUUCUCAAACUAGACACUCUAUUGUACUUGUCCUCUUGCUCAAUUGUGUACCGGGCCUCCCACUCCUCUUUCUAUUCUGUUUAGAGCCAGUUUGCGCUGUUCUGUGAAGGGAGUAUUACACAGCGUUGUACGAGAUCUUCAGUUUCUUGGCAAUUUUUCACAUGGAAUUGUCUUCAUUCCUCAGAACAAUAAUAGACUGACGAGUUUCAGAAGAAAGUGCUUUGUUUCUGGCCAUUUUGAGCCUGUAAUCGAACCCACAAAUGCUGAUGCUCCAGAUACUCAACUAGACUAAAGAAUGGCAGUUUUAUUGCUUCUUUAAUCAGAACAACAGUUUUCAGCUGUGCUAACAUAAUUGCAAAAGGGUUUUCUAAUGAUCAAUUAGCCUUUUAAAAUUAUAAACUUGGGUUAGCUAACACAACGUGCCAUUGGAACACAGGCGUGAUGGUUGCUGAUAAUGGGCCUCUGUACGCCUAUGUAGAUAUUCCAUAACAAAUCAGCCGUUUCCAGCUACAAUAGUCAUUUACAACAUUAACAAUGUCUACACUGUAUUUCUGAUCAAUUUGAUGUUAUUUUAAUGGACAAAAAAUGUGCUUUUCUUUCAAAAUCAUGGACAUUUAUAAGUGACCCCAAACUUUUGAAUGGUUGUGUAUAUUUUAUUUAAAUGAUGGUGACCCUACUGCAGUACCCCCAUGACUCCGCUUAGCUUCAUGACCCUGACUUUGAAUACCAUUUCCCUAGCCCUUCACCCCGUAGUUACUCAGGCCCCCCUCAACACCAAGAUGUGACAGUUUGCACUUCACUUAUCUACAAAUUACAUGUUUGAGCACUGUAGGUAUAGUGGGGAUUUGUCUACACUUUUACAUAUUCUCGAAGAACGUCCUACUACAGUAACUCUUAAGCUGACCUACUACCCAUUUCUAUUAUAUUAAAUGAGAUACUUGUUUAGUAGACUUUUGGCAGAAUAAGUAAUUGUUUCGGAAUUGCACCAGAAAUGUCAUGUAAUAUGUGAUAUAGCUUGUGCACUGUGAAUGCAUUACGUAGGUUACGUAGAACAGCACCAUUCCAUGGUGACAAUCUCUAUUAUGUUAAAUGAAUAGUAUAGUGCAAAGUGUAUUGUCAAAUUAGUUUAUUAUGACAGACAAACACUGCUAUGAUAUGUGUGAUUGUAUAUGUUGAAAAUGAUCUAUGCAAUCUUCAUGAAUUUUUAUUAAAAUAAAUAAUGUUUUGUCAAGACAUACUGCAACUCUUCAAUGCAAUGUUUUCCAACAGAAGUGCCAUUUCCCCGUAACUGGAUAAAAACAUGAAUUGAGAUGAAUUUGUCAGUUUCCAUUAGUUGAUUUUCAAAUAUUUACACUGGAAAGGAUGCCAAUUCUAAAAUGUUCUUUGUACAAGAUCUUUACAAGAUUUGGUUCCUAGAUUUAGUGAUUUUUUUUUUUGCCAACCUUUGCAUGUCAUCAGCCAGUACCACCCUGACCACUUGUGUUAGCUAUUAUCAUGUGUUCUAUUUUUGGAGAUCAUUGUUAAAAUAACAUUAAUGUUGGACUUUGUUUGACUCUGGUUGGUGGAAACAUGCAUGUCUGUUUAGAUGGAUGGCGCAAAAGCCUGCACAUACAGCUAGUAGCUUUGCAUGAUACAUGCACGGUGGCAGGAAUGCACUGACUAGUUGGUUCGCUUACUGUCAUAACGAAGAAGAAGACUUGCCGGAAAUCACGGAUUACAACUUCCUUUCAAUUCCAAGAUGGCUGCCCUAUUCGAAAAACGUGUGUUUACCAUUUGAACAAAUUUGCGCUUACCAUGCUUUCAUAGUUUUCCUAUUCUUUUGAUAAAACUGUCAAUAUAUUGGAAGUAAAGAUUAUUUGUUUGGAUAGUUUACAAUUAUCUGUGGCGAGUAUACAUUUGGAAGUGUUGGAAAGAAAGUAGCUAGCUAGUUUGUUAGCUUGCCAGUGUGUUCCAUUGGUUGACUGGCUAACAAAAAGCAACAGUGAUCAGAACAAGAAACGUAAGGUCUUAGCACAGAAUAAGCAAUGUCAGCCCUUACAAUAUUCGUCCGGAGUUUGCCAGCAGAUGCAUCUAACGACCGCCUGGAGGAGAUAUUCUCUGAGAUUGGACCUGUGAAGCACUGCUUUGUUGUCAAGGAAAAAGGUGCAGAGAAAUGUCGGGGGUUUGGGUAUGUCACCUACUCCAUGGUGGAGGAUGCACAGCGCGCUGUGAGAGAGGUGAAAGACUAUGAUGGACAGAAGAUAAACGUGUCGGUGGCCAAGAAGAAACUAAACGACAAGAAAAAGGGAACAACAGCCACGGCACCAAAAGAUCCAGUACCACAAAAAGAACAGAAAUCUGAAGGAGGCUUAAAGAAAAACAGAAGGAAAGCCAGACUGAUCAUCAGGAAUCUCAGUUUCAAGUGCUCGAAUGAGGAUCUGAAGAAGACCUUUGCUAAGUUUGGGACAGUUCUGGAGGCUAACAUCCCACUCAAACCAGAUGGGAAGAUGAGGGGCUUUGCGUUUGUCCAGUUUAAGAAUGUCUUGGAGGCAGGAAAGGCCUUGAACGCCAUAAACCUGAAAGAGAUCAAAGGAAGGCAGGUAGCUGUGGAUUGGGCUGUGGCUAAAGACAAGUUUGUCGCUACUCAGCCAGGAGCUAAGAAAGAGGAAAAGGUUGCAGCAGAGAAGGCGGCACCUGAAAGUGACUUUGAAGAGGAGAAGGUGGAGGAAGAUGAAGUGGAGGAGGAGAAGAAGAAAAAACCAGUAGCACAUUCAAAGAACAAUCCUCUCUACAGAGUCAGCUCUAAGCCAGCUCAGCAGCCAGACAGCCCAUCAGAGCACGAGAGCGAAGAGGAGGAUGGAGAGGAUCAUGAGGAGGAUGAAGAUGCAGAGUCUCAGGAGUCAGAUUGCGAUGAAACAAGUGACCUUGGGUCUGAUAAAGAUGAUGACGAAGAUGAAGAUGAUGAGGAUUCUGAUAGUGCAGCCAACAGGAAGCCCCUCCCAUCAGAUAUUAAUCAGGGCAAAACCAUCUUCAUCAGGAACCUGUCGUUUGAUACGGAGGAGGAGGGCUUAGAAGAGGUGUUACUGCAGUAUGGAGAACUGAAGUACAUCAAGAUCUGCCUACACCCAGACACUGAACACUCUAAAGGUAUUGCAUUUGCUCAGUUCAAGUCUAAAGAAGCAGCAGAGAAAUGCAUUGCUGCUGCAGAGGACGAGUCAGAGAGCGGGGGUAUCCGCGUGGAUGGUAGGAAGCUGAACGUUGUAGCGGCGGUGAGCAGAGAGGACGCCGUCAAACUAAAGGACAAGAAGGUUAAAACUCAUACAGGGACCAGAAACAUCUACCUGGCUAGAGAGGGAUUGAUACGGUCAGGAACGAAGGCAGCUGAGGGUGUUCCAGCAGCAGACAUGGCCAAGAGGACCCGAUUUGAGGACCUGAAGCGGACCAAGCUACGGGACAUUAAUGUGUUUGUGUCUAAGACCCGCUUGUGUGUCCACAACCUGCCCAAAUUUGUAGACGUCAAACAACUACGACAACUCUGCCUGAAAGCUGCAGGGGGUGGCAAGGAGGUCCGCAUUACUGAGUGCAGGGUGAUGUAUGAUAAGAAGCCGGAGCGUGGUCAGGUGUUAGGCCGGUCGCUAGGUUACGGCUUCGUUCAGUUCCAAGAACAUGAACACGCUCUGAAGACACUCCGAUACCUCAACAACAACCCUGACAUCUACGGAAACACCAAGAGGCCCAUCGCUGAGUUCUCUCUUGAAGAUGGAAAGAAGCUGAAGAUGAAAGAAAUGCGACAACAAUAUGUCAAGGAUCGUUUCAAGGGGCGGGGCCCUCAGGGAGGAGGGAAGCCGCAGUCUGGAGGCAAGACUGGACCUCAGAGGUGUGCGUCUAAAACCCAGAGUGCCAUGGUAACGAAGGAGGGGCCAGCGAAGACGCAGACACAGUCGUUACCAUCCGGCCAGGACAGAAAGGAUGGAGUACCUCCCCCCCAGGCCAAGACCCUGUUCCAUGCCCAGACCCAGCCACAGGGCCAGACCCUGUUCCAUGCCCAGACCCAGCCACAGGGCCAGACCCUGUUCCAUACCCAGACCCAGCCACAGGGCCAGACCCUGUUCCAUGCCCAGACCCAACCACAGGGCCAGAAGCAAGGCCGGCAGUAUGCAGGCUUCCAGACCACCCCGGUUCUAGAACAUGUAGAACUGGAGGAUGGAAAGAAAAGACGGAAGGUUCUAGCCCUACCUUCUCACCAUGGCCCAAAGAUCAGGGCACGUGAUAAGGGGAAGCAGCAGCAGCCUGCCCAGCUUAAGAAGCCCAAGAACCGGCCCAGCAGGAGAGAGCUUCAGGGAGGAACAUCACUGGAGAAACCUACACAGCCCAGAAUAAAGAGCGCUAAUGGUGCCAAGAAGCGGUUUAGGAGCCAAGAGGAUGACCGCUUUGACAACCUGGUUGAACAGUACAAGAGGAAACUGAUGGGAGGCAACAAGACCACAACCAUUAAGAAGAACAAGUGGUUCAACAGUUAGUUGUGUGAGAGAGAGAUCAAGGCCAUUUUUUGGUUUAACCUUUUCCUUAUGUUGGUUUCUACAUCAUUGACAUGUUGAAACAAGGAUAUGAUGGUUGGAAUAACAUUGACCCAUGAACUGUGUAUAAUGAAGUAGAGUCCGGCGUAAUACACUGUCAUAUGUCUGUGUCCUCAUGUUGUACACAACGUGUGGUGUGCCAUCAGUGGUAAAGGAAAGCUAAGAGAUGGAAUAUCCGAAUAUAAUUCACUUCCUGAAUUGACCCUGACUCUGACAGACUGCAUCAGCUUGAAGCACAUGUUAAACAAUGUGUGUGUUCUUCACAAUAGAUGCUGAUGCUUUACUCUGUACUGUGUUUUAUGUUCAUGUUAACUAUUGGUCAAUAAUAAUGUAAAGAAUAUCAGAGCUUUCAAAAAUGUAAAUGACUGACACUUUUAUUAAAGAAGUUUGUUUAGGCUGUCUGUA